GUUGACAGUGAGUAACGUUAAUGUCAUCUAUUUUAGAUAAUGUAUCCUUAUAGUGAAUUGGGACAGAAAUACAGUGCUAUAAAGGCUAUUAACAGUGAUUCUCUGUUCAGUUUUUUUUUUAAUUAUGAUGUCGAUGACGACGACGUUAUUACUAGCUAGCACAGUUAGCCAUCGCUAGCUAGUUACCAGCUAGCCUACUGUCCCUAUGUAAACAGUUUUACAGCUAUCGUAAAAAAAAAAAAAAUACCAUCAGUAUCACUGUGGUUAACAAUCUAAACAUUGUAAGUAGUUUAAGCCUAAUGCUGUCAUAUCUACCUGCGUGAUGUGUUUGUUUCUUGUAGUUAUUUCCAACAGUAACAAUUGGCCAUUAUCUAUAAGUGUAACUAACGUUAGAUAACUACCGACAGCAACAAUGUUGCAGUUGUGGAAUGUACGCGUACCAAGUGAAACUGUUUCAUUUGUAAGUAUCAUACAACGGCUCUUUAACCCUCUUCUACCCCUUCCAUUUGCAGAAAAUAAUUCAGUGGAUCGAGGACCCCCCCCCCUACAUGGGAUGUGCUACCACAAAAUAAAGUUGUUAAUGGCUUAUGCGAAGUGGGCUACAUAUGUGAUGUACAGUAUCGGGAAUGAGACCAGCCCCGCUAAGAUUAUCCAGAAAGUUUUUUCCAUUAGGGAGCCUUCCAUAAGGGCCUUGGAAGCACUGGAGAGGGGGUGCAGAAAUGCAGCUACUGGCACAGAAGAAUGUGGCUGUGGUCUCAGAGAGAAACGACCCCCAGCUCAGUUUUCACCUGCCAGCGGUGAAGAUGAGGAGGACACAAAUCCAAAACUAAAGGGGAAAAAGAAUUUAACAAAGGCUCUGUCUCUGCCGUUUUUAAAUGAAUAUGAAGAGAGUGAGCCGGGAUACUCCAGAGAUGUGAACCCAGCAGCCGAUAGCAGCAUAGCUAACCAGCUUAAUGAGAUGCGAUGUCUGCUUUUAGAGAUGCGGGAGAAAAUAAUCAACCUGGAGCGUACUGUGAGAGAUCAAAUUACUCAGCCAGCGUCAUCCACAUUAUCAAGAUCACCCUUAUUACCAUCAUCAUCAUCCCCAUCACCACUCAUCAUCCCCAUCACCACCCUCAAGAACAACAUCAUCAACAUCACCACCCUCACCCUCACCAGUCCAGAUUCACAUAGGCCCUACAGUGAAGAUCACGGCCACCCAGUAUGCCCACAUCAAGUGGAGUGACCCUAGUAAAGGCCACCAAGGACUUGUUGAUGGCAGUGUUUGGGAGGCAGGUCCUGGCCACACAUUCAUAUACGGGGAAGCUGUCUAAUGCCUUUCUGGGAAGACAGCCCAAGCCCCAGCUCAAUUCUGCAAAGACGUCGGACAUACUAAACUAUAUCACCAACAAAUUUGGGGUGGACCCUGCCCUGGUCAAGCAAGCCAUUUCACAGAAAUGCGCUGAUGAAGCAAAGUUGGCCAGAAGACGCUCCAAGUGAACGCGUACACACACACACACACACACAUGCUCACUCACAUACACAUACACACACUCACAUCUGAUUUUUUUAAAAAUGUAUUGAUAUAAUAAAUGUUAUUUACUUAUGACCAUCCAUUUCAUUUGUACUGUGUUUCGUUUCUUUUGCAUAAUGUCUAUGGAGACCAUGUGCAUAAAUCCAUUAGGGAAAUAGAAGUAAAAAUCCAAUAGGAAUAAAUCCUACUGGAAUAAG